GCACUAGAAAUAGUCCCAUUUCUUAACCUUACUCAAACAUCUCACCUCUAGUAUGCCUCUCUCCGGCCACCGAUCGGAACCACUAUUCACCGUAUUCUUCAACCACAACAAACUGAAAAACUAAUUAACGAUGUUAACCACUCAGAGUCACCGUCACGACGACGAACAUGUCCGGGACAUCCACGCCCUGACUCCUCCACACCCUCCGCCCGGGCCCAGCGGCAGCCAAAUAUCAUCAUCUUUGUCAAUAGCCAGCGAGGCGAGCACGGAGAAUUUCACAUCCAUGAGCGGAGAAUUCAGCGCCCUUGUCCUCGCUGGGUCCACCAUAAACGCCGACUCAAUAAGCGGUGGCAGUAACAAUAACAACUCCAGCGACAAUAAUAGUAGUAAUUUGCGUAGGAUUGGGGAGUAUAAUGAGUUACCUGAGGAGGAGGAGGAGAUUAAUCCUUUGGCAAUUGUUCCGGAUAGUAAUCUGUUACAUGUUCCGCCUCGGGCGACGGAGGUGGGAGCUGUUGGUGGUGAGGUGACGGUGCAGAGGGUGAAGAAAGAGGAGGUGGAGACGAAGAUAUCGGCGUGGCAGAACGCGAAGAUUGCAAAGAUUAACAAUAGGUUUAAGAGAGAGGAUGCUGUGAUUAAUGGUUGGGAAUCUGAGGAAGUUCAAAAGGCUACUUCGUGGAUGAAGAAAGUUGAGAGGAAGUUGGAGGAGAAAAGAGCAAGAGCACUAGAGAAAAUGCAAAAUGACGUGGCAAAAGCAAGAAGGAAAGCAGAGGAGAAGAGGGCUUCUGCUGAGGCCAAGAGAGGAACAAAAGUUGCUAGGGUUCUUGAAAUAGCAAGUUUAAUGCGAGCCAUUGGUAGACCCCCUGUCAAGCGUUCUUUCUUUUGAAGCCUUUCUUAUCAACAUUUUCUGUUCUAUUAGUUAGUUAGUAUCAGAACUGUCUGUUGUUAGUGAUAUAUAUGAUCUCGGUUUAGUGAUUCCUUUCUUUCGUGAAAAA